GAAACUCGCAAAAAGUGUACUGCUCCAAUCUAAGGUUCUUCGUCAUCAAUAUAACAAAGGACCAAAAUUAUGUGGCAUUAGUAGUUUAAAUAAUUUUAAAACUUUUAGUUCAAACUCAGGAGUAUUUAACAAAGAGAAUGAUAUUAUUGAAAGUGAUGAAAUGGAUGAGGAUUUAAAACUUUCCCUCUUUGGUGAUUCUAGAGGUUCUGAUGAAUCUAGUUCGAGGUCAAACUAUGUUUCCAGAUUGGGCAAUGAUACUAAUGGUGUUUCCUAUACAACAUAUCUUGAAAAAGACAAACACUUCCGAAGACUCACUGAAGAAGAAGUUUCAACUUUAAAACAAAAAUACAGUGAUGUAAUGAACCCUCCAACAAUAAUAACACAAUAUCCAUUCGAUUUGAAAACAACACAAUCAACCAACUCUACUAAACCACUCGUUUCACCUAUUAACCAUCACGAGUAUUUUGCUGUUCUUGAUAAAAUCAAUGCUAGAGUUCUUCAAAGAGGUACCACUGUCACUAAAGUUGGUGUAGCUGUGAGUGGAGGAGGUGAUUCUAUGGGUACUGCUAUUCUUGUUAAAAAGUGGGCAGACUAUUUGAAACAAAAAAAAGGUAUCGAUAUGGAAGUGGUUGCUUUGAUUGUUGACCAUCAAAUCAGAGAAGAAUCAGAACAUGAAAUGUUAUAUGUUCAUGAAGUGUUAACAAAAACAGUAGGGUACAAAAACGUAUUUUGCUUCCAAUGCUUAUGGCCAGAUAACCAAAAAAAACAACAAAGAAUUGCUAGAUUGAAGAGACAAUUAAUUAUGUCAAGUGAAUGUGUUUCUCAAAAAAUUGAUCUUCUCAUUUCAGGUCACCACAAACAAGACAAUAUCGAAACCAUGAUUCAUAGAGUUGCCUUUUCGAGUGGAAUUAAUGGCCUUAAUGGUAUACCUUUGAUUUACUCAUAUUGUGUAGCAGAUGCCACAAUAAUGCUUGCAAGACCUGGCUUGGUAUUUGAUUGUAAUGAACUUAAAGCAGUUUGUACUCAAUACAAUAUCAAAUGGGUUGAAGAUCCAAAAAAUAGUGAUGAAAGAGAAUUCAGAUCAAUUAUUAGAUCUAGGUUGGGACUUUUAUAUCAGUCUGGAGUAUCACCUAGUAAUUUUUAUAAUUUCUUAUUGACAUUGGGUGCCAUUCGUCACAUUAUGCUUCGUGAAUCACUUAACUUUUAUAAUAGGUAUGUGAGGUUUGAUGAUGAAUUGGGUUUUGCUGGAAUUUAUUUCUACAGUCUUGAAAAGACUGCCGAGUUUGUUGCUUCAAAUGCUCUCAAUUCAUUAAUACAAUACGUUACAAAUAGAGAAUUUCCAGUAACAUUGGGUUCUAUUAAGAAUGUUGUCAGAUAUUUACCAUCAACGAAACGUUCUCUUGGUGGUUGCUUAUUGGUUCCUGAUAAGAAGGUUCUCUAUGUUAUUCGUGAUACUGGUCCUCUCAGAAGAAAAAAGAAUCACACAACCAUUAGAUUCACUGAUAAGGGCAUUGUGUGGGAUAAUAGAUUUUUCAUUCAAAUUUUCCAAUAUAACAAAAUGAAUAUUCCAGAGGAAAAUAUAACUUAUUCAAAAAAGCUUAGCUUGGAAAAACAACCAGAGUAUGAUAAUAUUUUAAUUCCAAAUUAUGAUGGAAAGGUUGACACAGAUCCAAAUGGUAUUUACAAAAUUAGACCAUUUACUGAAACUGACCAUAAAUACUUUGGUGAACAUUAUCCACUCAUGAUGAAAGCUGCAAAGCAGUACCCUAAUUAUUUAACGAGAAGCUUCCCUGUUAUUGAGGAUAGUAAAGGUACUCUUGGUAUUCCUUUCCUUGGUUGGAAGAGAUGCGUCAACAUUUUCUGGUACAUUAAAUUCCUUCCAUCUCGUCAAAAGUUUGUGCCAGGUGAAGCUGACAGUUUGUACGAUUUUGUUAAACUCUUUUCAAAGAAUAAAUAGGUUUAUUAGUGGUUUUUUAGU